UCCGGGGGACAGGUUUUGUGCUGGACUCCACACGCUGCUUCAUUUCAUUUCAUUGCACCAUGCCUACUGACACCAAACGUGUACGCGGCCCAGAAGUGUCACAAAGUCCGUCUCUGUUUUUGUGCAAACCGGCGGCUGUUUUCCCCUCGCACGGUGCAAGAGCGGACGGUCGGCAGCGGGAUCAAGUGGACGUCCGGCCGGUGUUUGUCCGCUGCGGGCUGGUGAGCCAGGCCAAAGGCUCCGCGUACAUCGAGGCUGGAAACACCAAGUUGAUGUGCUGCGUUUAUGGCCCCAAAGAAACAGAGCGGAAAGAUGAGACCGAUAUGAAAUGUGGAAAGUUGACUACUGACAUGCGUUUCGCUCCGUUUUCCUGUCUGGAGAGGGGCUCCUGGAUUCAGGGGAGCCAGGACAAGGAUCUCUCCCUGAUGCUGCAUGAGAGUCUGCAGCCAGCCGUGUGCCUCCACAAAUAUCCCCGCUCUCAGAUUGAGGUCAACGUGAUGGUUCUCGAGAACAGCGGUUCAGUUCUGGCCCACGCAGUCACGUGCGCCUCUCUCGCUCUCGCAGAUGCAGGUAUCGAAAUGUAUGAUCUGGUGCUUGGUUGUUCCAUACGCCAGGAUGGUGCCUCUUAUGUGGUUGACCCUUCUUACAUGGAGGAAAACAGCUGCAGCUCAGUCGGCAGCAAGAACCAGGGCGGUCUGACUGUUGCGUUCCUCCCCAGCCUGAACCAGAUUUCUGGGCUGCAGUCAGAUGGAGAAAUGACUGAAGAGACUCUGACAGCCGGGGUCAGGACCUGCAUUGAAGGAUGCUAUAAACUGUACCCGGUCAUCCAACAAGCCCUGGCCAAGGCUGUGCGCAGGGCGGCGCCCCCACCAUCAGAGAGCUGAGACUCAUAACCAAUAACUGCUCAGUUCAUAGUUUUACGCUUUCCACUUCUUAUUUUGACAACAUAAUCUUUGUUUCUAUGUUUGCUAUUAUGUUCUUUAAAUGAACAUUUAAAAUACUGUUUUCUUAUUAAACAAUUUAACAAGGCA